AUGGCGUCACACGAAAACAGACCAGAGAGUCAAGAGAAACACAGACUCGAUUUACCACGUCCACUUAUCACUGGUGGGUCAAGAUGGGAUAAAACGAUUCCAGACACUCAAGGGAACAUGUUUUCAUCAGAAGUUAAUGAUACGACAAUGCCAGAGUACAAAAACGCACAGGAAUAUGCAAGAGCUCUUCAACCAUGGCUGUAUCAGUAUAGAAUUUGGAGUCUUCUUAGAUCGACGCCAUCCGCGUUUCCUUACCAAAUGAUGAAUUGUAUGUCCCCUGUUAGUCCGUUAACAAGCUCGCAACCAAACGUCGGGGGAAUGAAAAACCCACUAAUGACAGGUGUCCCUCGAGCACAGACACCCGGGGCCGGGCUAAGUAGCCAGACCCCGCCCACUUUUGAAGGUCGGGCGAGACCGACAACAAAUGUUAAUAUCAUUCGGGGAACAGAGUACACAAUCCCAUCUCUAUGGAAAAGAGUCCUGGCAGAAUUGGUGGAUUUCGCUGUGCUUUUUUAUAUGAAGAUAAUUGUCACAGUGAUUAUACUGAGGCAGAUGGGAUAUUUACGAGAUGACAACAAUAUACUAGAUGUGCAUCUAGAUCUGGUGCCUGUGCUGGAUUUUGCAAAAGUGGAUUUGGACGAAGCCCUGAAUUUCACAUCAGAAAUAAUUGCGCUAGAAAUUGUAAAUCGUGUCUUUAUCACACUUUUCGAGACGCUGUGCAUACGGCAAGGUUAUGGAUCCGUUGGAGGCGCUACUCCAGGAAAAAGAAUUCUUGGUCUAAAGGUGGUAUCGUGUGAGGAAGUUAUUGUACCAGCUCAUUUUAGGAAUGGCCGUGUGAUUGUUGUCCCAGCACAGAACGUUGGCAUGGUCAGUGCCUUGGUGAGAUCUACUAUAAAGAAUUUUACAAUGGCCUUUUUAUUUCCGGCCUGUUUUACCGUUUUCUUUUUUCGACAUAGUCGAGCAGCUUACGAUGUGAUUGCCAAGACGAUAGUUGUUCAAGCUCCAUAUCCACACAUACAUCAACAUCAGCCCCCUCAGUGAUUGGCAUCAGGAUAUAUCAGAGCCAAGAGUGAGAGGCAUCAGAUGUUAUAGUCACCUUUUGGAGUGACACGCUUCAAAUCUUAUGGUCAGAUUUGAGAGUGACUGACAUCAAAUUCUACAUUUGCUUCCAAUGUGACAGGCAUCAAAUCCUUUCAUCAGCUUAAAAAGCAGUAUCAAGUCUUGAUUUUGUCUCGGGCAUUAAAUCUUAGUAAGUUUCAGCAUGAAGGGCCUCAAGUUCUUUAUCACCCUCCAAACAGACAGUGAUGAGUAUUGAAUAUUGUUUCAGUUGUGACAUCACAAUUCUGUUGAUUAAACCUAGACUAGUCAAUACAUUUUGUGUAAUUGUUGUUACAACACACCUAUGUCCAACACAGUUGUGACAAGAUUUAACCUUACUUAUUCAACCCAAUAGUGAUUUUGUGAAUUUGUGAAAUAGGAUUUCCCAAGUCUCAGUUGCAUAUUUAUGUAUUCAGAUAUUUGAUCUUUGAUCAUUGUGAUGUGAUAAUAUGGUGUUACAUCAUGAGUUGAUAAUGCCACAUCAAAGACGCUGAAUCUGUUUGAUUGUGUCCUCCACAUUUUGUUUCAGAUCUGUCAAAAUGAAACUUCUCUUGAAUCAUGUGAUCUUAAGUUUGUUUUUAUUGGUCCCCUGCUGGUGAAACUGGAGGUGACAAUAGUGUCUCUCUGUGUCCGUCCGGGACGGACGGAUGUUGGUUUCCAGACGAUAACUUGAGAAAAGAUGGAUAGAAUUUAAUGAAACCAUUUGGUGUUAGGUUAUGAGGUAAUACAGUGUGGGAUUGAGUUUGGGGUUUAAAGGUCAACUGCAAAGGUCACUAUUGCUAACAAUAGAUAUUUGAUGUCAAAUUUUUGGUUUCCAAAUGAUAACUUCAGAAAGGAUUGAUGAAUUUGGUUGUGACUUCAUAUAAUGUCAGCUUAUGAGGUAAUACAGAGUGGGAUUGAGUUAGGGGUCGAAAGGUAAGCUUUGAAGGUUACUGAUGCUAAAAAAAACCUAUUUUUUCAUCAAAUUUUGGUUUUCAGAUAAUAAUUUCUGAAAAAGAUUGACAGAUUUGGUUUAAACUUCAUAAAUUGUGGGAAAAGGUUAACUAGGAAGGUCACUGUUACUAAAAAUUGACUUUUAUUGUCAUAUUUUGGCUUGCAGAUGAUAACUUGAGAUAGGGUUGACUGAUUGUAUUUAAACUGGAUGCAAUCUGAUACAAUCAGAACAUAUUUAGAGUGGGAUAGAUUUAGGGGUCAAAAGGUCAACUAUGAAGGCUGUGAAGGUCAUGUACUACAAUAGACAUUUAUCACCAUUUUUAGGGCCCUAUAUCAAAGAUGCAGGAAGCAAAAUUUGUCAAAAUAACAUUAGUGGUCAACAGAUCAGUGUUCAAGGUCACUGUGUCAAAAGGUCAAGGUCAAAAUUUACAUCUUUUCAUAUAUACUGACAAUGUAACUAGAAUGGUCAACUUUACCCCUAAAGGUCAGACACAAAGCCAGGUCCUUUCUGAUGUCAGUGUUUUAGUUUGUUGAUUAGGGAUGACAAACUUGAUUAAAACUUCAUACAGUAUUAAGCACUAACUAUAAGCUUGUUUCAUAUGGGAACUUUGUAUUAUAAACUCUCGUAUGAAAUGAAAACUCAUUGAAGGUCCUUGGUAUACACUCAAUUCUUUAGUUACUGGUGCACGUAUGAGUGUGAUAUAUAAAUUCAGUGAAGCAAGUCAUUAUACCAUGUUGAAACUAUGUUGUUAUCGGUUAGAUAGAUUGUUAUCAUAUACUGUUUUAUACUGUAAUCUUGUUUUCUCUUGUUUUUAAAUAAUUCACAUUUUCAUAAUUAUUCUUAUUUUGUUUUCACUACCCAAAGUAAGUAUGUAUGUAUCUGCAUCAUCUGUAAUAUUUAGUACCUGUAUAAUGCUGUUUGUUUGAUAUGAGAAUUAAUAUAUGUAUAUUACAGUAGCAGAUGGAUAUUGAAGUAACAAUUUUCAAAUUAAAUCAUACAUAUUUCUUGUU